UAUGAUGAGAUGAGAUGAGAUGAGAUGUUCUCUUAUUACGUACAGUAUUAGUCCAACGACAAACUAAGUCAAAACAGCACACAAAUCAAUCUCCUCUCCUUUUCGGCCAGUAGUACUACUAGUUGAUGAGACUGCAAAAGCUAUUUGAGUUCUGGUUGGUUGGUGUUUAGUUUGCUGAUGCCGUUACUAUUGGGUGUAUGAAUUCUCAGACUAAAGAGAGAAGGAGGUCGUUGCCGAAAGAAAAAGCUACACAAGAGCACCAUGGAACCUCCUCAUGCAACAGUACUGCAAAUUCAAGCCCCAGGCGAAGAAGACAGUGAAUUACCCAGCAGACUUGAUCAGAUUCCAGGGUCGAAACACCACAGAUAUUGGUGGCUUCGUGUCUCUCUCUACAUCCUCUUGCUGCUUGCCGGCCAGUCAGCGGCGACCCUCCUGGGGCGAUUGUACUACGACAAGGGCGGAAACAGUAAAUGGAUGGCGACGCUUGUUCAAUCGGCCGGCUUUCCCAUCCUAAUUCCGCUCCUUUGCUUCUUCCCUCCGACGGAGCCUCCCCCGGCCGCCGCUCACGGCUGGCUCUACCUCUUCUUUGGCCUGCUCCUGACCGGGGACAACAUGAUGUACUCUUACGGCCUCCUCUACCUCCCCGUCUCCACCUACUCCCUCCUCUGCGCCUCGCAGCUCGCCUUUAACGCCGUCUUCUCCUACUAUCUCAACUCUCAGAAGUUCACCGCUCUGAUCUUCAACUCAGUGGUCGUCCUCACCGUCUCCGCCUCCCUUCUCGCCGUCCACUCCGACUCCGACCCCUCGACGAACGUCUCGGGCGGGAAGUACAUAAUCGGCUUUCUCUGCACUCUCGGCGCAUCCGCCACAUAUUCCCUGUAUCUCUCCCUCGUCCAGCUCUCCUUCGCCAAGAUAAUCAAGAAAGAAACGUUCCGAGCAGUGAUGGAGAUGCAGAUAUACCCGUCGUUCGUGGCCACCUGCUUGUGCGCGGUGGGGCUCUUCGCCGGCGGAGAGUGGAGGGGACUGAAGCGGGAGAUGGAGGAGUACGAAGAGGGGCGAGUUUCGUACGUGAUGACGCUGGUGUGGACGGCGGUGACGUGGCAGAUAUCGUCGGUGGGGCUGCUGGGGCUGAUAUUCGAGGCGUCGUCGCUGUUCUCGAACGUGAUCAGCGCCUUGGCUUUGCCGGCGGUUCCGAUUCUGGCGGCCCUGUUCUUCCACGACAAGAUGGACGGUGUGAAGGUGAUAGCCAUGAUGCUGGCCGUUUGGGGUUCCCUUUCCUACGUUUAUCAGCAUUAUCUGGAUGAAUCUAAACCAGAAAACCGUUUGAACAUGUGAGAAGAAAGAUAGAGAAAAAAACAGGAAGGUAUACUCUUUGCUUUUUGCGUCAAUGCGGUAUAAAGUAAACACUUUUACUAUUUGACUAGAAAAUUAGACUGAUAGUAUCAUUCACAAUUAAAAAGUUCAAAAGGAUGAACUUGUCAAGCUACUCUGGUCUAGCCUAUUAUUUAUGGCUGUGACCUUCCAUCAACUCUAAAAUCUAUGAAGUUGUAUGAAGUGGAAAAUAGAAGACACCAUUAUGAAAAGGAGGUAAUCUCUUCGAAAUCAAUGCAGUCUGUAACAUCAAAUGAUCAAAAUGAUGAGAUCUUUGGAGCCCUGCAAGCUUCAUCAACAAGUGAACCCAACCCCCUCAGAGCUAACUUCUCCAGGUUUGGUUUGGCAAAUGGGCGACAACAAUGGCUAAUCCUAAUGCUUCCUCUUUCCCAAUUGGUGAAGCUUGUUGACUGUUUUUGCAGUUGAAAUUAAGCAGCUUCCACCCAAGACUUAUACAAAGUUUCUCACUUAAUUUCCACUUACUCACAAGGUUCAUAAUUAGUUAGAGACCUAAACCGUCAGGCAACUGCAAAGCCCGUAAAUUAUGGCAUCUGGUGAUCCAAGAAAAACAAAACAAAAUAAGAAAAUUAACGGACAUGAUCUCCUUCUUCUUCUUCUUCUUCUUCUUGAUAUACACUAUCAAAUUUCAUAUAUUGUUAGAAGAUGGCAUCGCAUCGUUAGCUAGCUAAUCUAGAAACUUAAGCUGUCACUGACUUAAAGCUUGUUUGGAACCUAUGUGAGAACCGUACCAUUCCGAUCACUCUUGCAGAACGUUCCGUUGGAGGAUUUGGAUCACCAGGUUGCACAGUUUAUGUCACUUGAUAGGCAGCUACAUUGAAGAAUCAAGGUGAUAUUUUUUCUUAUUUAAUGGAUUAACAUACUUUAAAAUUUUAUAAUUGUUAUUUUGUUUAGCUUUUCACUUACAUUAAUAUCA